AUGAAUAUGAAGAAAAUGAACGUUCUUGGCGGCGGUGCUUCCUCUGCGCUGAUGAAAUUGGGAGUUAUUGGUGGAAUUGGUUUGUAUGCUGCUGCUAACAGUCUUUACAAUGUUGAAGGAGGUCAUCGAGCUAUUGUUUUCAACCGUCUUAUUGGUGUCAAAGACAAGGUUUAUCCUGAAGGAACACAUUUUGUAAUUCCGUGGUUUGAGAGGCCAGUCAUUUAUGAUGUCCGUGCGCGUCCCCAUCUAGUCGAGAGUACGUCUGGGAGUCGUGAUCUCCAGAUGGUGAAAAUUGGGCUUCGAGUUCUUACGCGUCCCUUGCCUAGCCAGUUACCUACAGUUUAUCGGACCCUUGGUGAGAAUUAUAAUGAAAGGGUUUUACCUUCAAUCAUACAUGAAACUUUGAAAGCUGUUGUUGCCCAGUACAAUGCCAGCCAGCUUAUUACUCAGCGAGAGGCUGUUAGUCGUGAAAUCCGAAAGGUCCUGACUGAGAGGGCAGCCAACUUCAAUAUUGCUCUUGAUGAUGUGUCAAUUACUACUCUAACCUUUGGCAAGGAGUUUACUGCUGCAAUUGAAGCCAAGCAGGUGGCUGCACAAGAAGCUGAGAGGGCGAAAUUUGUUGUGGAAAAAGCUGAGCAAGAUAAAAGAAGUGCUGUAAUCAGAGCACAGGGUGAGGCUAAAAGUGCCCAACUGAUUGGACAAGCCAUUUCCAACAAUCCAGCUUUCAUCACACUUAGGAAGAUUGAAGCUGCAAGAGAGAUUGCACAUACUAUAUCAAAUGCAGCAAACAAGGUUUACCUGAAUUCAGAUGAUCUUUUGCUGAAUCUUCAGGAGAUGAGUUUGGAGCCUGGCAGAAACUGA